AUGCAGGGCAUCGGUGAGAGCGGAAGCACUUUCAACAAUUCUCAAGGCUUUAACUCUCAACAUAGAGCAAAAAUUUGUAGAACUGAAGUAAGCAUUACUUCCUUUUCAGGAUGUGUUGACUGCACUUUCCCAGGAGGACUAAAACCUAAGCUUAAAACCUUGGAGAUUCUUGGUUGCUUGACUGUUGUUACAUUUUUCGGUGCAAGCAACUCGGAUGAGACUGAAUCAGUAAUGAAGCUACUUUGGGACUUAAUUAAUCCUGGAACUGACUCUAGUAUUGAAAGGAAAGAUUCACCAGCCGUUUUAACUGCCAUGAUAUCCGCUUGGUCCUUUCUUCUUUCUACCAUUGAUGGGUGGAGGCUAAGUCACAAAAAUUGGCAAGGGGCAAUUACAUAUUUCUCCAACAUAAUAGACAGUGACGAUGAAGAACUAUGUGCAGCAGCAUGUGAGGCUCUUGCUUUAGUAUUUGAAUCCAACUGUUUGGAGAAAUUCUCAAGUGCAACCAAGGAUUCAAACAAAGAACUUAAGGACAACAUUAUAAAGCAACUCAGAAGCCGGUUGUCAGAAACAGGCAAUGAAAGAAUUUCUAGUCAAGAUCCAAGAACAGGGUUCAAUUCUGCUUCGGCUGCUUUAGAUUUCCUAGAGGAUAGGAAAUGUGCAAAUACUCAUGUGACAAUUGGUGGGCAGAAACUCAUUUUAUCAACAUGGUCUCAAAAAGUACAGCUAAAGUUUUUGAAGCAUUUUCUAAGAAAUGAUGGAUUCGUGAAGCAUAUGAUGGAAAAUGAAAACUUCCAUAAUGUUUUCGACUUCCAUCCGAAAAGAAGGAAUGAUUGGGGCAAUGUACUAUAUGUGCCCGAAAGAGAAGAGGUUACUAUUUUGCUUUUCCGACCUAUGGUUGCUAGACACAAUGAUUGCUCUCUGCUACCAUCCCUAACCAGAGACAAGCAGUUAGCAAAGAAGAAGACCAUGUCUCCCAAUUCCCACUUGAGCAAGGCAAGGACUCAAUUACUUAAAAAACAGCGAGACUUAUCAUUAAAGGAGAGAGAGUUUGAUUGCUUUGACUACUGAUGAGUUGAGGUUAUGUUGAUGCAAUUUAUUCUUGCAGGCUGCAGCAUUUUUUAAAUUAUAGCUUUGAUUAGAGGAUGAUCAUUGCGAUACUUGUUUAGGAGGCAUUCACUAGUUAUUUUUUCUUUAUUUUUUUUUAUUUAUUCUUUCAUUCUUGAUAUGAAUGGCAAGUAAGAUUUUUGUAUUUGUUUGCAUAUCUGCCAUAAUAAAGUUUGAUUUUAUAUUUUUU